AUGAGUGUCCUUGAACCCGAAGCAGUUGCCUUCCGCGGCUACGAACUUCGCCUCAUUCGCUGCACCCUCACUCCUCACCAAUCUCAUCAGAGUUGUUCCUUACACGAAAGUCAUUCUUUCGAUGCUUCCAUCAACCACCUCUUGAAUUACAUCGAGUGUGGCAACUACAUCGAAGCACUCACCUCCCAACCCUCCUUCCACGCCUUCCGACUCGCCGCCCAUGACUCACCGCAACUCAACGUUCCCGACCUCCUCUAUCCUGAGUUGGUUGAUCGCGCCGAUUCCUUCAUCAGAGGCGCCGCUGCCACCAACGACGUCGUUGAACAGCGUCGGAGGGGCAUGCUCGUCACGUGCACAGCAGUCGCCGCGCUUCUAGGGUUUACUCAAUCCAACUUCACCGGGCCCUUGAAAGGGGCAGAACUACCAAAGUGUCCUCUGCGUUUGGAUGGUGAUGAUGAAGAACGCGACAAUUGGGCGCGGAAUCAGCUUAUGUCUGCUGGUUCUGACUUGCUCGGAAAGUUCUCCAAUCUUCAGUAUAUAGUUUUUGCAAAGAUGUUGCUUAUGAGGGUGAAGGAUAUAGGCGUUGAGAUGGGAAGCCUUGCGUGGUGGCUUGCGAGGGUUUUGCUUACUCAACAGAGGGUUUUGGAUGAGCGGUCUUCUUCCUUGUCUGAUCUCUUGCAUGUGUAUAUGGGCGAAGCUUUGCAGAUGUUUGGCACCAGGGAACAAGUUCAGAGCUACUGGCAGGAUGAUUUACACAAUGGAGAGAGCUCAGCCAUUGUCUCUAUGCUUCAUUUAGAGGCUGGGAUUAUCGAAUAUUUAUAUGGACGGGUUGACUCUUGCAGGAUUUAUUUUGAAUCAGCUGAGAUGGCAGCUGGGCUUCAGCUUUCACUUACUGGGGUACUUGGUUUCCGUACUGAGCACCAGGCAGAACCAAAGGCACAGAUGGUACUUGUUACCAACACAGGUUCAUCAAAUAAUGGGGAUGAUAAUUGUCCCUUAAUGGGUACCGGUAUCCAAACUUGUGAUUCCUAUAAUGGUGAAGAUAAUUGGAAUUUGAAUCACCAUGAAACAUUUGAAGCAUCUGAUAUACUUAGAAUACCGAAGUUGUUAGAAAACGAUGAUGACUCUAGAACUAGGUAUCUAUCUCAAGGCAUAGAUAAUGGUGUCCAUGUUGCUCCCAGUUUGACAGCAACACAGCAAGCUGUAAUUCUGGCAUAUUGCCUUUUGAUUGAAAAGAGCUCCCGACACGAUGAGUUGCAACGAUGGGAAAUGGCACCUUAUAUUGAAGCAAUUGAUUCCCAGAAAAUGUUUUACUUUACUAUCAGGUGUUUAUCCGAUAUUUUACGUGUUCGAUGGGAGACAUCUCGUAGCCGGACUCUGCAGCGUGCCUUACUGAUGAUGGGCAACUUGGUUAAAAAUAUAUAUGAUCCUUCUCCAGCAAUAGCAGAAAGAAUUGCUUUGAGCUAUGCUGUUUGUAUUCCCAGUAUUCCAGCAUUAAGGAAGGAACAUGGGUUACUUAUGGUGCGAUGCGGUUUGAUAGGGGAGGCAGUGAAGGUGUUUGAAGAAUUAGAAUUAUGGUUGUUGGGUAAGAAAGCAACCGCUGUUGAACUCAUCAGGAAACGUCUUUCUGAAACACCAAAUGACCCCAGAUUAUGGUGUUACCUGGGUGACAUUACAUCUAAUGAUGCAUGCUAUGAAAAAGCUCUGGAAGUUUCAAACAAUAGGUCUUCUAGAGCAAAGCGUUCGCUGGCUCAAAGUGCAUACAAAAGAGGAGACUAUAAGACAUCUAAAAUUUUGUGGGAGUCAGCAAUGGCAAUGAACUCUAUGUACCCAGAUGGUUGGUAUGAACUUGGGCUUGCUGCAUGGAAGGCUCAAGAUGCAGAAAAGGCUCUGGAUGCGUUUACUCGCGCAAUUCAACUUGAUCCUAAAAAUGGGGAUGCUUGGUAUUUCAUUGGAAGCUUGCAUUUGGUGAAAAAGAAGGGCAAGGAGGCCUUCAUCGCAUUUAAAGAAGCCUUGAAAUUCAAACGAAACUGCUGGGAAUUAUGGGAGAAAUAUAGCUAUGUUGCUGUUGAAAUUGGCAAUAUCAUUCAGGCCCUGGAAGGUGUACAGAUGAUUUUGGACAUCACGAAUAAUAAGAGAGUUGAUAGUGAAUUAUUGGAAAGAAUCACAGGGGAGGUGGAAAAGCGGCUUUUAGCAUGUAAUAUGCUUCCUUUGGUAACUGGUAAUAAGCCUAAAACAGAUCAGUUAUGCAUUGUUGAUUCUGGAUCAGAAUAUGAAAAGGAAAUAUGUGGAGCAUCUGUUGCAGGAAGAUCACGUGAAACUGAACAAUUAUUAUUUUUACUUGGAAAAGUUUUACAACAGAUAGUUAAAAAUGGGAGUGGAUUUGAACCUGAUAUCUGGGGCUUAUAUGCCAAAUGGCACAAAAUUAAUGGAGAUCUCAUGAUGUGUUCUGAAGCCCUCUUAAAGCAAGUUAGGUCACUCCAGGGAUGUGAUACAUGGAAGGAUCAAGAUCGGUUCAAAAAGUUUGCAAAAGCGUCUUUGGAUCUUUGCCAGGUAUACAUGGACAUGUUUUCAUCUGCUCCUGGUAGUACUAAACAAUUGUCUACAGCUGAGAUGCACUUGAAGAAUGCUCAAAGCUGCUUCUCCGGUACACAAGAGUUCAGGGAUCUUCAAGCUUGCUAUGAUGAAGUUAAAAUUAAACUCCAAUCCAACUCCAUCAAUGCUCAGCUAAAAUCUGGUUGA